AUGGUAGCAAAUUGGUCUAACUUACCUGAGGAGCUCCUCAACUUGAUCACCGUUAGAUUGUUCUCUAUUGUUGAACUCCAACGUUUCCGUAGUAUUUGUACAUCUUGGCGUCGCUCCUCUCUUUAUGGUGUGGACAAGAACAAUCCUUUCCCGAGACGGGGCUCUCUAAUCCAACUUAAUCCUAUUGCCCCUAGCGAAACCCUACCAGAAGACGUGGUCUACAAGUUUAACUCCGGUUCGUUCCUCUUGCAUAACGCCUUCUUCCGAGUCACUCUUUCCUCCUCCACAAGCAAGGGUUGGAUUAUCAAAUCCGACUUGGACAUCAUCAACUCCGGGAGAUUCUAUCUCCUUGACACUCUUUCGCGUGGUCCAUUACGCUGUUCUUCCAAGAGCCUCGAUCUUUUGGAGUUCACUGUCUCCGAGAUUCGAGAAGCCUAUGUUGUGGUUUACCAAUCUAAGACAAGAGUAACGGCUCCCAGAUUCGAAAGAAGUGUUCUUGUCAAUGUCAAGGUUGCAGAAGAUUAUCAUCAUGGAGUUCUUGGAAUCGGUUGGGAUGGAUAUAUCCACUACUGGGAUGGAAAUGUCUUGAGGAAACUUUUACAAAUGGGUACUCGUCACUUUUCCGACAUUAUAGUUCACAAAGGGGUAACUUGCGUUUUGGACUCACAUGGCAUUGUUUGGUGUAUUAGUUCUGAUCUUGAACUCUCUAGGUAUGGAACUACUUCACUCGAUGAAACAAUCACUAAUGGUUGUUGGGGAGAUAUGAGAUUUGUGGAAUGUAGUAGAGAACUUUAUGUUGUCGAGCGACUCCCGAAUGAGAAUCCCCGGAAGAGAAAAGCAGCUGGUACAACAACAUUUUACUAUUCCAGAACGGUCGGUUUCAAAGUUUACAAGAUGGAUGAGGAAUUAGGAAAAUGGAUUGAGGUUAAGACCUUGGGAGACAAGGCGUUUUUGAUGACUAGCGAUACUUGUUUCUCGGUUUUGGCACAUGAGUUUUACGGAUGUCUCAAAAACUCUAUUUACUUUACCGAGCAAAGACAGAUCAAGCUCUUUAAGCUAGACAAUGGUAAUGGAAGUAUUAUCACAUCAAAGUCAUCGAAGAGUUCUUUCCAAAUGUUUUCUCCUAGCUUUCUCUGA